AUGUCCAGAAGCCAGUCAAGCCUGGGGGGCUUCCUAGACGCAAGCCGCGAUGAGUCUUCUGGGCCCGGGGUGUCCCCGUCUCAGAACCAACAGGCCUCUGGCCCGAUCAACCUGUCCGGACUGGUGUGCAAUGUUCGCCGCACAACCGGCAAAGAGCCUCACCCCCUAGUUGGCGCAACCACCACCAUACUAGGCGACAAAUUAUACGUCUUUGGAGGCCGAGUCCUCUCGCGCAGUCGCCCUCAGCUGACAGCUGACCUCUAUGAAUUGGAUUUGAUCCGUCGCCACUGGACCAAGAUUGAUGCUGGCGGCGAUAUUCCGCCCCCACGCUAUUUCCACAUUGGUUGCGUAUGGUGGCAUGUCUCCCGCCCGGGGACCCCCCGUGAUCCUUCCAAUCCGGGUGCGGGCACGGAGACACAAUCGGAAGUCGUUGUCAUGUCAGAUAUCCAUAUCUUCGAUGUGCCCUCGCGGAGGUGGACUCGGGUUGCGGCUCAUGAGUCGCCGCAAGGGAGAUAUGCUCAUUGUGCGACCAUUAUGCCUUCCAGUGCGAGCUUCACCUCGGCCAGUGCCCCGCUCUCUGCAAUUCACCAUAACCCAGAGUCCAACACACCCCAUCAAGGCUCCCUCGGCGUGGACAUAGAUGGCUUUGGAGGCGCCGAAAUGGUGGUCGUUGGUGGCCAAGAUAGCUCUAACCAUUACAUUGAGCAGAUUAGCGUCUUCAAUCUUCGCAGUCUGAAAUGGACCAAUACCAGCCCCCUCGGACGCAGUUGUGGUGCCUAUCGCAGUGUGGUUACUCCGCUGGUCGGCAUGGACGUUUCGGAGAUUGGAGCCGCUGCCCCGGAUAGAGAAUCGCAUGAGCCCAUUGAACCGAGCGAUGAGCCUGGCUGUCCGAUGUUGAUCUACUCCAAUUAUAAUUUCCUCGACGUCAAAUUGGAGUUGCAGGUACGCCUGCCGGAUGGGCGUCUUGUCGAGCGACCGAUGCAGAGCCAGGCGUCUCCCCCCGGUUUACGUUUCCCCAAUGGCGGUAUCAUCAAUGGCCAUUUCGUGGUCAGUGGUACAUAUCUCACAUCCUCCAAGCAGGAGUAUGCGCUUUGGGCUCUGGACCUCAAGACCUUGACAUGGGGCCGGAUCGAUGCCGGAGGAUCGGUCUUUGGCCAGGGCAGUUGGAACCGCGGUAUUCUUUGGCCGCGUCGCAGCACUUUUGUCAUUCUUGGGCAUCGGAAGCGCAGUUUGGUGGAUGAUUAUAAUCACCGACGCAUCAACUUCUCCCAUGUUUGUAUGGUGGAAUUGGAAGCUUUUGGCCUUUACAACAACCCAUCUCGCACCGCCCCGACAUCUGGAUAUAAAUCAUACAGCUCGCCCUCUGUUCCUGCUUCUCUGCAGCAGAAAUUGACGCAAUUGACGACGAGUCGCCCUCUCUCUGCUGCAUCAGAUGAACUCGGCAAGAUCGCCCUCUCUCUUCACGAGAUGUCCGACAUGGAACUGCAAGCUGUCGGCGGAGAACGGAUCCCCGUCAACUCCCGGGUUCUAGCCCGGAGAUGGGGGCCGUACUUCAUUCAGCUACUGCGCGAGUCAUCCGAAGAGGAAAUUGCAGGCGGAGCCACCCUCCGUCCAUCCCAGAUGCAUCCAAGCCGCAACUCGAGCAUCACCAUCACUCCCUCUAUCGGCCAGAACAGCAGCUACUCCAACGCAACGACCCUGAUCAACCCCUCCGUGCCAUCCAAAGCACUCCUGGAAAAUCUCGAAGCCCCCUCCGCCCACACCCUAACUCCCACCUCCCGCCCACGCGUCCUCUAUCUCCCCCACACAAUUCUCACCCUCCAAGUCCUUGUCCAAUACCUCUACACUUCCGCAAUCCCCCCACCAGGAUCAUCACUCUGCACCCCCCAAAUACUCUGCUCUCUCCUCCAACUCGCCCGGCCCUACCAAGUCAACGGCCUCCUCGAAGCAACAGUCGAACGCCUCCACCAAGUCCUAGACGGCCGCAACGCAGCAGCCGUCUUCAACGCCGCAGCCAUGGCCGCCGGCGGCGGUCGCGGCACAGGCUUUACCUCCGGUCUCGGCGGGACCCUAGAAGCACUUAACGGCGUCCAAGGACGAAACGGCUCAAUCGCCGUAUCAGAGACAACGCAUUCGCAAAACAGCGUCCUACACGCCUCAGACUCAUCUGACACCGAACACGGCGGAGGCGCACAAUCCAUCUCCGCCUCAAGCAGUACGAACGACCUCGCCAAUUUCGCCCGCGGUAUUCCCUCACUGCGCAUCGACACGAAUAUAUCUCAAUCGUCACAGUCCCAGCAACAGCGACGCGGUCGCUCCCGCGGUGAUCGCGAUGACUCAAUUAGUAACGCCAGCACGGCGACGUCGGCGUCCAGCGCUAGUCAUUCACAGUCUGAUUCGGAGUUUGUGAGUGAUAGUGAGAGUCGAUCUGCUUCGAGGUCUCAUCAUCGUCGUGAUACGGAUAUUCGGCCUGGGAGGGAAAUUUGGACGGGCGACUUGAGCUCUGUUAUUGGGUUGCAGAAGCGUGGUUUGCGUGGCUUGAUGGAAGGGAGGAGGAUGAGGGAGCGUUCGGUUAAACCGCCUUCUACAAGUAGUGGGUCUACUUCUGUGCCGCAGAGCGCUGGGUCCGGUUCUGUUGAGGUUCAUCAGUUGCCUAUGCAAGGUGUUGCGGGAUGA